GCUUAUUUUUAAUUAUUUUUUUUUAAUUUGAGCAAAUGACGCAGAAGGCAAAACCGCAAGAAAAGAGCAACAACAAUUAGAUAAUAUUUUUUAUCUUUUUUUUGUCAAGAUAUUUAUGUGCUUGUUUGUCUUGGCAUGAUUGCGUAACGACUUGAGUGCACAAUUGACGCGGCCAGUGUUGCCACCUCGUUAGAAUCAGUCAGAGGCAUGAAAGCUUAGGCCUGCUGCUGGGUAUCGAACGCUGCCUAUCAGCGAUGCCUAUCGCUGCUGUUGAUUCAAUUCAAUGCCAACUCUAGGAGUUUGCCACGGAUCGCCGAUCAGUUUGAAUUGCGUAAUUUAACUAGGUGAAGUCAACGAACGCACCCAGGCAUCAAUUGGUGGUCAGCAGAGACUGCAGCAGCAGCAGCAGCAGCAGCCGCGGCAGAAACUAUACAAAUGUGCAAUUGCAACAAAUGCAAACACACUUAGAGCGGUUGGCGGCUUGGCUCUGGAAAACUGUUGCAGUUAUAGCCAAAUUGCAAGCUUUUGUUGUGAGCAUUUAGCAUUUACAUAUUCACACACAAGAGGCACACACAGAUACACGCACAAUCGCACACGCACACACACAUACCAUGAAAUAUAGAUGUCCAAGAUGACGCUGAACCAAUUAUGGAAUGACAAUGAUGCUAGCUGUCGCCGCAAGUGCUCUGGCCGCAGUCUUCAGAUGGCAUUUGGCUAUAAAUGCCCAUCGGAUCUGUUGGGCAGGCAUCAGUUUUACGGUUUCGUUCGUUUGGUGUAGCACGCGCAGAUCUUGUAACUCCACACACACACAGCAUGAAACUCAUUGCGUUAGUCGUCGUUGGCACUGCCCUGGUGGGCCUGGCUCUGGCCCGUCCGCAAACGAAUAGCUACUUACCCCCGGCCCCCAUCAAGGGUCUACAGCAGCCCACCCAGCAAGCGAUCAGCUAUCAGAGCUAUCAGCUGCAGCCACAGCAGCCGCAGCGAUCCAUUGCACAGAUUGAGUCGAUCCGUCCAUCCGUUUCACUGGGCAGCUUCACCAUCCACAGCGGCGGCCAGUCGAGCGUCAACCAAGUGUCAACGGCUCCACUGCCCACGGCCGUCAGCUACGAGACAUCUAAAUCGUCAGUCAGCGUGGCACCAGCAGCUCCCACGCAGCUCUUUGUGCCCUCGCCUCCAGCUGCUGCUCAGGAAUCCACAACCGUUGUUGAGCAGUCGGUGAGCACUCCAGUGGCUGCUCCAGUAACCCAGCAAACCUACUCAGCACCAGCUCCAGUCGCCCAGCAGUCAUACGCUGCUUCGGCUCAAGUGGCUCAGCAAACUUACUCCGCUCCAGCGCCAGUAACUCAGACUACCUACACCGCUCCAGGUCCAGUAACUCAGACAACCUACUCUGCACCAGCUCCAGUGGCUCAGCAAACGUACUACUCUCCAGCUCCAGUGGCUCAGCAAACGUACUACUCUCCAGCUCCUGCCCUUCAACAGCUGUACUCUGCUCCAGCUCCAACUCAGGUGGUGCAGCAGACCUACUCCGCUCCAGCUCAAGUGGUGCAGCAGACCUACUCCGCUCCUGCUCCUACUCCUGCUCCUGCUCCUGUGGUUCAGGAGACCCAGUCCGUUCAGAGCACUACCCAAGUAAUUUCAGCUCCAACGCAAGUGGUUCAGGAGAGUCAGGUGAUCUCGUCGCCCGCACCUGCUGUACAGGAAAUUCACUCCACUCCAGCAGUCGCACCAGCGGUGCAGCAGACCUACUCUGCCCCUGUGAGCCAAGUGAUUACGUCCUCCACUCCAGUGGUGCAGCAGUCAUAUGUCGCUCCCACUCAGGCCAUCCAGGAAAGCUAUGUUGCAGCCCCAGCUCCAGUGGUGCAGCAGACUUAUACGGCUUCUGCUCCAGUAGUGCAACAAACCUAUACCGCCUCUGCCCCGGUAGUGCAGCAAUCAUAUACCGUUUCUGCUCCUGCUCCGCAGGUGCAGCAAAUCUACUCCUCACCAGCUCCAGCUCCAAUUGUUCAGCAGGUGCAAGAGACGGCCAUCCAACAGGCUCAGUUUACCGGCUAUAGCUACCAGGCACCAGCACCCACUGCAACCUACAAUCUACAAGAGGUCGUCUCUGCCUCCGCACCCACACCCAUCCAAUUCCAAGUGCAGCAGCAACAGCAGCAAGUGCAGCCGGUACAGCAAGUGCAGCAGGUACAGCAAGUGCAGCAGCAGCAACUGCAACAGCAGCAGCAGCAACAACUGCAACAGCAGCAGCAGCAACAACUGCAACAGCAGCAAGUGCAACAGCAGGUACAACAGGAGCUGCAGCAGCAAGUGCAGCAAGCGCAACAGGAGCUACAGCAGCAAGUUCAGCAGGCGCAGCAGGAGCUGCAGCAGCAAGUGCAGCAAGUGCAACAGCAAGUGCAGCAGCAGCAACAACUGCAACAGCAGCAGCAGCAACAACUACAACAGCAACAAAUGCAGCAGCAGGUGCAGCAGGAGCUGCAGCAGCAAGUGCAGCAGCAAGUGCAGCAGCAAGUGCAACAGCAAGUGCAGCAGCAGCAAGUGCAGCAGCAGCAAGUACAGCAGCAGCAAGUACAGCAGCAGCAAGUGCAGCAGCAACAAGUGCAACAGCAGCCCCAACAGGUGACCUAUACCACCACGGUUCAGGCUCCAGUGCAAUUGCAGCAAUCCUAUGUACCAGCACCACCCGCUCCACUGCAAUUGAGCAGUCCAGUUGCUGCUCCAGUGGCACAGUUCACGCCCAACUACAGCUUCACACCUGCGCUUGCCCAGCAGGUGAGCUACGCACAGCCAGCUGCCCAGACCCUUGUGCAGAGUACUACCACCGUCCAGCAAGCUGCUCCAGCUCCCGUUGCAGCUCCAACUCUGGUUUCGACUCCAACUAGCAGCGCUCUGAUUAGCAGCCCAGCCCCAGCCACAGCCACAGCCACAACCAAUGCCAUCUCACAGAUUAGCACUAACUACGGCAGCAACGGCGGCUACGUAUAUGAGAAGAGAAACUAAAUGCGUUUGAACGGGUUGUCGAACAGACGCCCGAACUCGCAUUUACGGAACCGUGAAUCGUUUUUUUUUUUUUUAUUAUUAUGUAACUUAGCCAAAUUGUAGUACUAGCUCUGUUAAAUUGCUUCUUUUUUUUUACUUAAAAUAUAAUCAACUAAUGAAAUGACAUCAAAAGUGUUUGCCCU